GUUUUAUGCUGACAACAGUUGUGUAUGUAUCUGUAACUUUGCAUCAUUUCACUGGUUUGGUUCUCAUCUUUAGAUGUGACGGGCACUGAGAAGAAGACAAACAGAAUCUUUGUCUUGAUGUUGAUUCUCUGUCUUUACUUUGGACUGGUGAAACAGAGACAUAAGAAGAGAAGAUAGUGUCCCACUACUGUUGUUUCUAACAAGAAAAGAGAGUCCUUAAAUGUUAUGGGCAAUGCCUCUGAAUAGUCUUCAUGUUGUUUUGACUUACGCCCUGAGCUAUGCAGGAAAAACUAUUGUGGAUCAUAUCUUCGGCCUCCUGCUUCAGGACUUGGGCGGUGGCUUUAUGUUGUACUUUCAUUGUGCACAUUGACAUAAAACAACAGACCAACACACAAGACUUAAUACUCGUUUUCCUCACAUUUAGCCUCACAAACAGGAAACUGUGUCCAAUACGGGUUUGGUAAACAACUCAUCACCCAAGUAGGAACCUGUUAGGUCUGUAUCAGGAGAAUGUCACUAAAGAAUGUUACUGUUACAGAACAAGGUUUUCCCACUGGACAUGGCACCUGAUUCCGUUGAUGACAAAUACGAUGGCUGCAGAGACGAAGCCUUUAAGAGGGUGGAUGACUACUACCUCCCACAUGAGAACAACACCACCACUAACUUCAGAAGAGCCUGGGACAUAGCAGAGAAACAUGCAUCCAUUCCAACAGAUGGUCUGCAGAAAGUGCAUUCCGUCUCUAUGUAUUUGUACACAAAUAACAAACCCCAACCUCCUUCUGAAUCCAUCUACAUAGACUUCAACAAAGCAGUUAGACAAGGCAGGUAUGGUUAUGGAACAUCAUUCCAGUACCAUUCCCUGCACUUCUAUCUGACUGAUGCCAUGCAGAUUCUCAAACAAAGUCAAACAACAUGUUGGACCACCUACCGUAGAACCAAUGUAACUUUUGAUCAGGAUGUUGUCAACAAAGAAAUGCGCUUUGGUUAUUUUGCCUCAAGUUCUUUACAUAAGACUUCAUACGAUUUCGGAGACACAUCCUGCUUUGAGAUCAACGCAUGUUUUGGUGUUAACUUGACAUAUUACUCUGCAUAUGCAAACGAGGGGGAAGUUUUGAUUCCUCCCUAUGAGGUAUUCAAAGUGACCAACAUCCAGACAAAGUCAGCAGUCAGUAACCUGUGGUGUGAAGUCGUCUACACGCUAAAGAGCACUGGGAAAUGGAAGAGUGACCUGAAUUGUAAAGCAAUAGAUACAGGCUACUGCUACAUGAAGCUACUAACUGUGUUCAUUGUCACAAUAGUGUUCAUAUAUUUACAACACUAAAAUAGUGAUUUUGUCAGACAGUAUAGGCAGCAGCUCUAUAGAGAUGAGAUGAUGACAUGGAAUGACAUACUGAAGUCAUAAAAUAAAACCAAUGUAACAGAAAUAUUUAAUUAAAGUAAUGUGAAUAAAUGUUGGUUAAAAAUUAUUAAGUGAUAACAAGUAAUGGUCAGUCACUACCAUCAUGGGACUUUUACUAAUAGUCUUAUUAUGUGUUACAUCAUUCAACCUACAUAACGCAUAGUGUAUUGUUUAAAAAAUAAUACAACUAUUUUUUAUUGUCAAACUGAAACCAAACCAACCUCAAAAAAGACUAAUCGCUCAGCACUACCUCCUAUCGUGGAACCAAAGUGUAUUUUGAUCAGUACAAAAUAUCAGUUUCGGUAGCUUCACUUUGAGCACUAUAGGCAAGAAAAUAGGCAGAGAUUCAUUUGGAGCGACAUCCUGCUUGAAGAUCUCCACGUGUUUUGGAGCUGACAUAUCACAUUACUCUGUAUUUACAGGAGAGAGAGAAGUCUUAAUUCCUCCCUAUGAGGUAUUCACAGUGACCAACAUCCAGAAGAAGUCACCAGAGAAUGAACUGUGGUGUGAAGUCAUCUACACAUUAGUGGCCACUGUAGUUUGGAAGAAUUGAACUGCAAAUUGGUGCCAAAAUAAAUCAGAAAAUAAGUUAUUUUUAUGUUUUACAAUCAACAAAACAGCUGCUACAGGCAACAUAAUGCUCUUUAAUUAUGUUCUGUAUAGUACUGAUCAUCCCAUCACCAAUGUACAACGGGAAGUCAUCUGAAACAAAGAUAUCUUUCUCAGCUCUCAGGUGUAAUGAUCCUGUUAAAUGGUUAAUCCCACAUUACUUCCUCAGAUUAAUAAUACGAUUAUUUUUGUGCAAUAAAAAAUGUAAUGUGAUUUGUAAUUUGAUUAUAUUUUCAGCAUGUGCACUCCAGCUUUUGAUUUAAAAAAAUUACAAUUGAGCAUGAUUAAAUCCCAUGUCCUAUGUAUCCACUACCUGUACAUCAAUCAUAAAGAUAUGCAUUUCAUCUCACUUCAAGAAAAUGUGUCUGUUCUUAGGUUAUAAUUAGAAUGAACUACAAAUAUAUUUAGAUUUAAGGAAAGAUUCAAUGAUAUCGACAAAGGUAACCUGAAGCUUCAUUGACUGUGCAGUGUGGUAUCAGAUUGCUACAGCAUAUGAUGUGGUUAGCUGAUACAUGUAUGUUCCAUAUCUAUCCAGGAGUUGUGAGAUCUGGCAGGCGACUUCAAUGUAGUCAGCCUGGAACGUAGCCUACCUCAUUAGCGGGGUUGGAAGAGAGAUGGGAAGGGACUCAGUUACCAAGUUACCAAGAAGCAGCCAUCAUGUUGACUAGCAGAGACAACAGAGGUCAUAGGGUGGCAGUGAACUGUCAUAACAUCUACUGUCUAUUUACAGGUUAACUGUCAUAACUACCUACUGACUAAACUGGUUCUUUUGACAACUGUUUGCACUGAACUCAGCCUGAUGAUGACUGUGUCACACCUUCAAGAAAGCCUCAGCCUUGA